GGGGUACGGAGGAAAUUACAUAAGUCUUCAUUAUAACACAAAAAUUACAGCUCUCCUCUUUUCGUUUCAGAGAAUGGUGGGAUUCAACGUAGUAAAAAGGAUAACACGGUUCGCGAUUUUCUUUGGAACUUUAUUGCAACCAAUUUUGGGUCAACAUUGUGGUUGUUCCCCAGACUUAUGUUGUAGUCGAUUCGGAUGGUGUGGCACAGGUGAUGCCUACUGCGGCAUUGGAUGUAAACAAGGUCCUUGUUAUUAUCCUCCGCCAGUUUCUGAUCCUCCGCCAGUUUCUGAUAUCCUAACACUUGAAUUUUUUAAUGGGAUUACGAAUCAGACAGAUAGUACUUGCCGAGGGAUAAAUUUCUAUUCCCGUGGUGAGUUUCUGGAUGCUCUAAAAUUGUAUCCUGAGUUUGGCCAAGAAGGGACUUUGGACGUCUCAAAACGUGAAAUUGCCGCAUUCUUUGCCCAUGUAACUCAUGAAACUAGAUGUUUUUGCAAUAUGGAAGAAGUAGAUGGUCAAAGCAAGGACUAUUGCGUUGCGGGGAGCGAGCGAUUUCCAUGUGUAUCCGGGAAACAAUAUUACGGCAGAGGACCGCUUCAAUUGCCAUGGAAUUUUAAUUAUGGCGCGGCAGGAAAGAGCAUUGGUUUUGAUGGUCUUAAGGCUCCUGAAACUGUUUCUGAGGAUCCCAUCAUUUCAUUCGAAACAGCUUUGUCGUUUUGGAUGAAUAAUGUGCAUUCGAUAAUAACUUCAGGUGAAGGAUUUGGGGCCACUAUUCGUGCGCUUAAUGCUGCACUUGAGUGUAAUGGGGCAGAUCCAACAGCGGUUCAGGCUAGGAUUAAUUACUAUAAGCGUUACUGUGAUCAAGUUGGUGUCUCACCAGGGGAUAACUUAACCUGCUAAAGUAACUGCGUUUACUUAAGUAGCACUGUUUCAAGAUGUAGACUACUGCGAGCCGCUGCGCUGUUUGAGGGGGAUAACUAGUAGCUUACUACAAAAAUGUAAUCUUUAAUUCGAUAUAAAUAAAUAAAGGGAAGGAUAAGCCAACGAAAAAAAUAAUGCUGGUCUUUAUUGUAAGUUAAUUAGCACUGCAGUCUGUGAAAGCUUGUGAGUCCAAGUUCUGCAAGUAUG